GCCCCGUGAAGCUCUCUUUUUGUGUUGUGGUUGUUGUGUUCCGCGUAGGUCACAGCAACAACUUCUUUCCUUCGUGUUUCCUCCAUGUGUGCAACUGUUUUCUCUGGUGGUAUUGUCGUCUCUUCUCUCCGUUUUUCUCAUUGGAACAGCAGAACAACAGCAGUAAAUUGUUUCCUUCCUUUACACCUUCCGGAGCGUUGACCGUAGAGAACCGCAGCUGGCCCCACUGCUCCUCUGCCUUCCUCUGCCUUCCACUGUCGUUUCUCCUUCGUUUCCCGUUUACGGUCAGCAGUUUCCUCUUGCAUUUUCUACUGUCGUUCGCUUACUCCGCGCUCACUCCACGUGCUUUGCUCUGAGAAGGGAAACCCCGAAAAGCGAAUCCAUGGCUCGCCCAAAGAAAGAUGCGAGGGCGGCAAAGACGGACGGUGCCGCGGCCGAGACGUCGCGUCCGUCCUCGCAAAAGCAACGUGCCCCAGUGAAAGAGACGCCGCUGCCGUGGGGUCAGCUCGCGAUUCUGUGCGUUGUGCUGCUCACCGAGAGCAUCUGCUCCACCGUCCUCAUCCCCUUCACCCCUAAGUUUGUGACCUUCCUGCAGGGGUGGGACGCGGCCUCCGCGGGCUACGCGGCCGGCUUCCCGGUCGGGCUUUUCAUGCUUGGCCAGGUGCUCAGCGGCAAGAUGUGGAGCUCCAUCAGCGACAAGAUUGGCCGCGUAAUCGGUAUCAACGUCGGCGUUUUGGGGUGCGCUUUGUGUAUGUUUUUCUUUGGUCUCAGCGGCAGUAUCUGGACAAUGUGCUUUUGGCGCUUUGUUCACGGUCUGGUGGCGGGCUGCUCGAUUAUUGCCAAAACAAUGAUCAACGACCUGACCGACUCCACAAACCGAGCCAAGGGUCUGGCGUUGGUGAGCCUUACGUGGGGCAUUGGAACCCUCUUCGGCCCGGCAGUGGGCGGUUUCUUCUACGACCCGCAGAAGAGACUCGGCCUCUCGGAGACGGGCUUCCUGGCCCGCUACCCCGCCUUCCUGCCGAGCUUCGUUGUAGCACUGUACAACCUCUUCUCCGUCGUGAUUAGCAGUCUCUUUCUGCACGAGAGCAACAAGGCGGCCCGGCCGCUCCGGGAGGUGCUGCCACCAACACUGGUGAAGCUUUUUGGCCCCCUUAUCAAACUCCUCCAGCCAAAGCUGCCGUGCGACGAGGUGGUGGAGGUGACGGUCACGUCAGAGGAGGUGCACGCGGCCGGCCCAAAGACGACGCCUGCGUCUCCGCCGCCGCAGCCCGACACGGUGGUCGUCAACGCCGAGCCUGCCCCGCCGCCGCCGCACCAGUCUUUCGGUUUCAAGCAAGCCUUGACGAGACCGCUGCUGCGUCGGGUGUUGAUUAUCUCGAUGCUUAUUUCGUGCUCCGACAUGGCGUUUGCGGUGAUUUUCCCGCUGUGGUGCGCCGCACCGACGCUGAACGGCGGCCUCGGUCUAACCCCCUCCUCGAUCUCCGUGCUGGUGCUGGUGAACAGCGUUCCCGCGGUGUUAGCGAACAUCGUGUUCGCCAGGACGAUCCAAAUCGUCGGUGGCCCGAUACUGUUGUGGGAAAUUGCGCAAGUGCUGUAUGGGAUUCUGACGUGCAUCAUGCCCUUCGCCACCUCGAUGACGCCUGCGGCUGGCUUCUACUACACCAUGGUGGUCGGCAUGGUACGGAAGGUUGUCGAGUGCUGGUCCUUUGGACUUAUCAUGCUCAUCGUCUCCAUGACGGCCCCGCCUGGCAAGGUGGGCAUGAUGUUUGGCAUUCAACAGUCCACCGCGUGCAUGGUACGGUGUGCGGUGCCUUUCAUCUUUGCCCCAGUGUUCGCGCGGUCUAUUAGCUCUGGCUACGUUUUUCCCUUCAACCACUAUUUCACCUUCUUGCUCUGUUUAAUUCCGCUGCUGAUCAGCGCGUACAUGUCGCACUUCAUCUAUACCCCCUCCGAAGACGGCAAUGAAGAGGAGGUCGAAGAUGUGGACAGCACGGAGGCCGUCGAUGAGGAGGCCGUUAGCGAUGCACGGCGUUCUGGCAUGGGCUCGGCUCGUGGUUCAGUGCGCUCGCGCUACAGCUUCUUCGGCGCCGUUCCAGGGGACGCGCAGGAGCGCGAGUCGCUGCUGGUGAACAGCAGUUUCGCCAACCUCGCCAACUCGUUCGCGACGAACAUUAUUCCCGGCAUGCCGCAAAACACAAUUCUUGCCGUCCCGGUGGGGUCAACGUUGCAGGUGACGGGAGAGAACGCAGAUGCCACAGGGUUGGGGGAGAGGCGUGGUAGUGCAGACUCCCGCGACGCCUCUAGCCAGGAAGGGGAUGAGGUAGACAACGAUGAGGAGUACUCCUCUCCGGAUGCGGAGAUGGCAGAGGUGGCCGCGACAACAGGCGGCAGCGGUCGAGAGCGCGAAGGCCGCCGUAUGGCUCAGCGCGGCAAUCACUCAGAAGACGAGGAGCUUCCGUUGUAA